UCGGUUUCCUACGGCCAAUCUAUCUAUGUUAAUGUUGAAUAACCAACAACCCGUCUGGUUAACUAAAGCUAUCAUUCUCCAGCGGGUUGGCCCAGUGUAUCAGAGUAGAUCGAAGAACCGCUUCGCAAGAAUUGGAAGGGAGCAAGAAGAAAUCACUCGGUUUACAAAAACAGGUUAUACAUAUUGGAUUAUGUUUUUCGCUGUUUGAAUUUCAAGGUCGAUAGUUGGGAUAAUGGGAUGCAUUGCUUUGUUUGUGCGCUAUUGUCUAUUCUUCGCCUUGUUGUGCAAUAUUGAUUUUUGUAGUGGGAGACAUACGUCUAACUGGGCUGUGCUUGUUGACACAUCGAGGUUUUGGUUCAAUUAUCGACAUAUAAGCAAUGUUCUUUCCAUAUAUCGUAGUAUUAAACGACUAGGAAUACCAGACAGCCGCAUUAUACUUAUGGUUGCUGAUGAUGCCAGUUGUAACUCUAGAAACCCGAGGCCUGCUACUAUUUUCAAUAACCCCUACAACCGCGUAAAUCUUUACGGGGAGGAGGUGGAAAUUGAUUACCGUGGUUACGAAGUUACUGUUGAGAAUUUUAUCCGCGUUCUAACUGGGCGUCUACCACCAUCAACUCCCACUUCGAAGCGUUUGAAUACCGAUGAACACAGUAACAUACUAAUUUACAUGACAGGUCAUGGAGGUGACGGCUUUCUUAAAUUCCAGGAUGAUAAUGAACUUUCUAACAGUGAACUGGCCGAUGCGAUUGAGCAAAUGUGGCAAAAACGACGGUAUCAUGAAUUACUGUUUGUUGUUGAUACGUGUCAGGCGGAGUCUAUGGGCAAGUUAUUUUAUUCCCCCAAUGUAGUGGCAAUUGGUAGCAGCGCUGUAGGAGAGGAAUCUUUAUCGCUCCAUUCAGAUCGAGAAAUUGGAACAUACGUGUCUGAUCGAUAUUCUUUCUAUGCAUUUCAAUUUUUGGAAUCUAUUACUCCAGAGAGCAAAAAAACUCUGUAUGACUUUACCAAAAUGGGAUCAAUGAAUUUGUCUCAGUGAUGGAUACUACUUGACUGAGAUUCUGAAAACUUUAGAAAUCAGUGUUUUCAAGCCGUAAAUAGAGUGAACAAAGUUCGGUCGCAAUGAUGCUUAUGUUGAAGUGGCUUCUAACCCAUAGAAAUGUUUUCCCCUCGAAAGUGUGCCCAUAUUCAAUCUGUCAGUCAACUGUAGUCACCCGAUCCGAUUUAUUUGGACGUGAUAUACGCCAUGUACUUGUAACCGACUUUUUUGCUAGCGUACGACAAAUAAUACCUGGACCAGUAUUAGAGUUAAGGAAUUCUGCGUCAAUUGAAAAUUCUUCACAUUCAGUAACAAAUGAAACCACAACUGAAAAAAACAUUGAAACGAAACAUGUGUCGUCCUUUGUUGAGUCAAUUGAUCGUGAUCUUUAAUGAUUUUUACUUUUAGUCUUCAUUUUACUUUGUAUGUAACAUUGCAGUCUUUUUGUAUUGUAUUUGAUGCUUAAGAAAUUCUUUUUUAAUAAACUAUUCCAGAAAUUGA